AUGGCGGCUACCGUAGAUAAUUUUUUUAUUUCUGAUAUCCGCGUAUUAGACAUAGAAAAACGAUAUAAACCAUCAAAGCAUUAUGUCUAUGUGAUUCAAGUAAUUUGGACAAAUCAUGAUAUCAAUAUUUGUAAACUACUUGACUUAUUUCCAGAAGAUGCUGGCAUGGAUUCUACGGACCGGACAAUACCAUUUUUACCUGGUAAAAUAAUUUUUGGCCGAAGUCAUAUAAGAGAUGUGGCUUUGUCCAGAAAAGGACCGAUUAAUGAUUAUUGUCAGAAAUUAAUUAAACUUCCAAGAAAAGUAUCACAUUGUUCGAUUAUACUUGAUUUUUUUCGACCGAAUGUGACUGAUGUUCAACCUCCCAAACGAGAAAUAAGUGAUGUAAAACCAUCAACAUCCGUCACCGUGAUCAGUGAUCCCGUACAAUUACCAGUUUAUCGAUGUUUAGAUGAUUUUCAAGCCGUAGAGAAAACUGAAAUGUCAUUGAAAAAAGGAGAACUGGUUGAAGUUAUUCAAAAACACACGAAUGUUCAACAUGGUGACAAAUCGGGCUUUGUUCCUGGUCCUUAUUUGCAGCCAUCCAGUCUACCGAAAGGCGAACGAGAAACAAAAACAUUGAAAGCUUUUCUAAAUGAACCACAUGUGGUUAAUCACAGUUAUUCUGCAGUAAAUCCUGACGAACUGAGCAUAGAAAAAGGUGCAUUUGUCCAUGUUAUGGAAAAAGCUUACACAGGAUGGUGGAGAGUGAACUAUAACCAUUCUAUUGGUAUAUUUCCAGCAAUUUAUUUGACAAAUUGUGAAGGUCGAACAAUAGAGGAUUUUACUCCACAAAUAUCACAUCGAUUACCAACUACAACCAAUGAUGUCUCAUCGUCAAAUGAUAGCUCUUCGUUACAAAAUUUUACACCACAAGAGAAUUUAACAAGUAAAAUAACGCAUAGGAAUCAUUUGCAACAUUUUCAGCAGGAGCAAUCAAACAAUAAUCAGAAGGAAAUGGCAAUCAAACAUGACAGUAUCAUGGAUGACAACAUGAACGUUCAGACAAACGCGAACGGAGAUCCAUCGAAACAAUUUCAGAUAUUUUAUGCACAUACAGAUUUUGCCGAUGAUGUGGGAGAUUCGGUGUCAUUUAAACGUGGUCAGAUUAUAGAAGUUCGUUAUGAACACGACAGUGGAUGGUCAUUUGCUAGUGUUAAUGGAAUACUUGCAUGGAUACCAUCAAAUUAUUUACAAAAGGAACCAAUAUUACAAGAUGACGAUAAAUCUAUGUUAUCGUCGAUGACCGAUAAUGACCAAACGUCAGUUCGUACUUCUGAUACACAUUAUAUGAAUAUGCCAGAUCUUAUUCAACAGACAACCAAAAUAGACAGUCUACAGCGUGAUAAUAAUGAAACUAUUCAAAGUAUUUAUCAGAAUAUAAAUGAAGACGAAUUAUUAAAUAAUAAAAAACAAUUACAAAAUUCAUCUUUGAAAAAGCAACAAAUAGUUGACUUCAGUUUAUCAGUAGAAAAAUCAAAACUUCGGCCCUUAGAUAAGACAUCAGUAAAUAUUAUAUCUUUGAAAGAAAAGGGUACGAAUAAUAGUGAGAGUAACAAAGAUGAAUAUAAAAAAUUAUCAGUCAAAGACAUGAAAUUUGCAGGUCACAAUCAGGCCUCAUUAAGAAAAGGUUUUGGUUAUUUUUUAGAGUUUCUGACAAACUGGUUUUUCAGAAAAACGGGUCUUCAAGAAUCAUGGGCCCAAGUAGCAAAAAUGAGUACCACUUCUGAUCCAGAUCAACCCCCUAAGGGAUAUUAUUGUGCACAAAAUGAAUAUGAUAUUCGUAGUCUACGUGAAAAAUUGAAUCGAAUGGCAUAUGUUCAAGGUUUUCCCUCAAAAUCUGAAAGAUGGGAUCCCGCUAAGAAAAUUCGUUGA